AUGCUGGGUUUCUUCGUGUCAUUCGUCGUCGGCCGAUGGGGUUCUAUUCUGAACGGGAUAGGAUGGAUCGAUGAUGCGUCUAUCCUUUUUGCCUCGUACAUACGAGGAGGAGAAGAGUCAACGAGGAUUUUACGAAGAAAUCUUGUUAGGUUGGGGUACAUGGUUUUAUGCCAAGCAUUAGUUCUUCGCGAUAUUUCCAUGCAGGUGCGGAAACGGUUUCCUACGAUGGAUACUCUUGCCGCAUCAGGUAAACGACAUAUUCGCUGA